UACCAUGAAAUAUAUAUAUUGGUCAAAAAAUGAAAGAAAACCUGUGACAACUACAGUUGGAGAGGUCUUUGAACAUGCUAAAGUACAACUCAACACUUACAUACAGACAGUUAUAAAGGGUGAUGCAAAACGAUCUAAUUCUGGAGUUUGUUCCAAACAGAUUAAGAUUGAAGACAAUGGCAAGGAUAGAUUGAAAGGGUAUGUUGUAAUGGUAAUUGGAAGGAAAGAUAUUCUCAUGCAUUCCACUGCUAUAAUUUAA